GAGAUGAAAAAAUUUCUAAUAGCCUUUUCACUGGUGCUCAUCCUGUGGCUGCUUUUGCAUAAUUCUUCUAAACCAAUUGGAAACACCUACCAAGUAUCGCUUCUCAAAUCUCAACAGGAAAGCAAAGAGCUGGUGGAAGUUCUGAGGAGAGCAUCGAUGCCAGAUAGAACAAUCAUACUGACGAUUGUUGAGGAAGCAUGGACUGGUUCUGGCUCCGUCCUCGAUCUCUUCCUCGAGAGCUUUCGGGUUGGCCAAGGGACGAAAGGGCUCUUGAAUCACUUGCUCAUUGCCACUGUUGGUAAGGGAGCUUUUGAGUACUGCAAGUCCGUGCAUCCCCAUUGCUACAAGCUUGCGCCACUACGAUUGUCGAAACUUGCUGCUGGAAAGCAAGUUCUCGGUCACGGUCGGGAGGGAAUCGACCUGCUACAUAGAGUAAUUCAACUGGGAUACAAUCUGAUAUUCACAGUAAGCUUUCUUGUUCCUUGUGUGGUGGUGAUGGGUUGAAAAUAACUGUAUCAGGCAGAUUUUAACUGAAAUCUAACUUUGCUGCAGGAGGCAGAUGUUAUGUGGUUCAGAAAUCCGGUUACAGAAUUUGACUCUCAAAAGGAAGUCACAAUUCCUUGUGACGUCGAUUCGGAAAACGCAGGCAACGAACAGGAUAGGGGAAUCUUUUUUCUGAAAUCAGAUGUUAUAUCACUCGAAUUCUUCGAGUACUUGAACUUGGUCGGGAUUCUGUACCCGAGUAUUCCUCUUGGAUCUCCCUGUGAGAUUGUAACACGAGAGGAGAUUACCAAAAUGCUUGGAAUGCGAGUGCAGAUUAUCGACACAGCUUAUUUUGGUGGGUUUUGUCAGCCGCUUAAGGACUACAGUGAGGUUUAUACAAUGCAAGCAAACUGCUGUGAAAAUAUCGAAAGUAAAGUCCACGAUCUCAAGCUUGUCCUAGAUGAUUGGCGCAGUAUCACAGGUCGUUCAGCAAAUAAUAGUUCGGGGAAAUCGCCUUCAUGGAGAGCCCCAAACAGAUGCAUUCAAUAAGAAUUUGCAAAUACCUGCUUUGCUGCGUUCAGUUUACUUAACAGAGAAUUAUCGACGAUCAAAAUUCUGAACUCUUUUCGCAAUAACAAUGGUAAAAGGGGAAGCAGGGAACAAUCAUUACCUAGUAUUUCACCUAAUGAUCAAUGUCUUUGUACUGAAACUUUGCCGUAACAAAAUCAGAGAAGCCUUAUGUGCACCUAAAGUAGCCCUAAAAAUAUAAAUACAAAAAAAGGCUAGCAUUGAACCCUUUGAAACUUUCAAGUGCUCCAUAAAC